AUGGUUUGUUGUGUCAUACUGGGCAUUUUUGGGAAAUUCUACUUGGUGAAACUAAUCAACCUCUGGAAGGACGAUUGCUCGUACGUCUGGCAAGUGCCGGAGAACCAGCGAUGCGACUGGGUCCUCGAGACGGAGGACUGCCAAGUGGGCUCCUUCGUGCCGUACCCCAAGCUCCUCUUCUGCACCUUUGGCACGGCAAACCCCAACCUCUUUGGCCUCGGACUCGCCCUCCUCUUCCUCUGGCUCCUCUACCUCUUUCUCAUCCUAGCCAUCACUUCCGACAACUUGUACGCUCCCACAUGUAAACCCCCCAAAAAAAAAAAAAAAGUGAAAUAAAAGACACCACCAUUUGGGUCCUCCAACCGCAGCUUCUGCCCGUCGUUGUCGGUGAUAGCGUCGGUGCUCCGGUUGUCGGACAACAUAGCCGGGGUGACGAUACUCGCGUUCGGCAACGGCUCCCCCGACAUAUUCACCUCGAUCGUCUCGAGCGCCGACGAGCGGCUCAUGAUAUUCACCGAGUUGAUCGGCGCCGGGGUGUUCGUCACUGCCGUCAUAGCCGGCUCCGUGGCCGUGUUUGCCCCCUUCCGCGUCCAGCCCAGGUACCUCAUGCGCGACGCCACCUUCUACGUCCUCGCGACCGCUUGGAUCUGCUUUGUCGUCUCCGACGACGUAGUCCACCUAUGGGAGGCCUGCAGCUGCGUGCUCGUCUACGUCCUAUUCAUCCUCGUGGUCGUGCUGAUGCAGAAAUCCGAGACCCGCCGGGAUCGGCGCAACAAGCGCAUGCCUGCCCUCCAAGACCCGGACGCGCUGCGGGCCUUUGUCGAGAACCGCGGAACCGACUGGGGAGCCAUGCCCCGGCUACCGAUCAGACCGCGCGCCUUCGACCUCCAAGCCAAGCUCGACGUCGCGAUCACGAGGGAGUUGGGGAGGAGCCGGCAGCUGGACGGGGUCCCCGAGGGGCUGGAGAACGCCAUCCAGGAGGCGAUGGCCGAGCUCGACUCUAAGCCGAAGCAGCGUUCUCAGCAACAGCCGGUACAGCAGCACCAACCGAAGCAUCUGCAGCCGAGGCAGCAGCCGGAGGUGGUAGUCAAAACGAGGCCGAGGGAGAGGCUGAUAGCGCCCUUGCCGGCUGGCGCUACGAAUCCCCAGCAUCAGCUGCAGACCGCGCAGCGGAUGAUCGGGCUCAGAAAGACGCCUGGCAGGAAGGUGCCCCAGGUGGCCCUGCUGGAGAACGCCAUCCAGGAGGCGAUGGCCGAGCUCGACUCUAAGCCGAAGCAGCGUUCUCAGCAACAGCCGGUACAGCAGCACCAACCGAAGCAUCUGCAGCCGAGGCAGCAGCCGGAGGUGGUAGUCAAAACGAGGCCGAGGGAGAGGCUGAUAGCGCCCUUGCCGGCUGGCGCUACGAAUCCCCAGCAUCAGCUGCAGACCGCGCAGCGGAUGAUCGGGCUCAGAAAGACGCCUGGCAGGAAGGUGCCCCAGGUGGCCCUGGUGGCUCUUGCGCCCGCCACUCGACAAAACGCCAGCUAG